GUGAGGCGCGCUUGGAUCGGGGCUGGUGGAGCCGCUGUUCGUCGUCCUGUUUUCUGCCUUCAUCAUGGCGUGGCCGUGCAUCACGCGUGCUUGCUGCAUCAACCGCUUCUGGAGCGAGCUGGACAAAGCGGACAUCGCGGUGCCUUUGGUUUUCAGCAAAUACUCGGAUGUGGCCGACGUGCAGCACGUCCCCCAUCACCCGCAGCCGAGGCUGAAGAGGAGCGGUGCCAUAGAAACGCAGCCUCAUCCCGGCGACGCGGCGGCCCAAGAUGCCUCUUCUGCGUCCGUCAUGCGUCAAGACUUCAAGGCGUGGAAGGUGCGACCUGAGCCGAGCUGCAAGCCCAGGAACGAGUUCCAGCCGUCGCACGCGCCGUUCAACCCCGAGACCCAGUAUCAGAAGGACUACAAGCCGUGGCCGAUACCGAAGAAGCACGACCACCCCUGGAUCCCCAGAGCUUCGGCCAGAGUGGAGCCCGGGGAGGCCGAGACCAGCGGGCUGGAGAAGAGCGAGAUCGAGGAGAAGACGCACGAGAAGGAGACCAAGUCGCUGGAGAGGAAGGGAGAGGAGAAGACGGAGGCGGGCGGCGAGCAGAAGCGCAGCAGAGCGGCGGCAGACGCCGUCAACCGACAGAUCAAGGAGGUGAUGACCACCUCCAGUAGCUACAGAACUGAGUUUAAGGCCUACAAGGAUGUGAAACCGGUGAAGCCCAUCAAAGCUCCGUCUCAGUAUCAACCUCCGGGUGAGGAAACCAGCCUGGAGACCAGCUACAGUGCCACGUUCAAGGGGGAGCAGGUGAAAUCCCACCCUGCUGACAACAAGCUGCAGGAGCGCAGGAGGAUACGCAGCCUGUACAGUGAGCCCAGCAAGGAGAGCCACAAGGUGGACAAACUCGUGCCUCGCACCAAGCCAAAAAAGACGCCCACAACCACAACAGGGAGGAUGGUGAAGAAAGCAAAGGAGCGGCAGGUGCCGGGCCCCGCCAAGAAGAAGCCCCCCAUGGAAGCCAAGUCUGAGGGAGCGGUGACCAAGAAGAGCAAAGAGAUCAGCAAUAGACUGGCGGAGGCCAAGCAGUAGACCAGUCCUGUCGCGCUGAACAGGGGUCGCCGAACCGGUCAGAUGCGAUUUGACAGACAAAAAUAAACAGAAACAAAAUAUAGAAUUUAAAACUAUGCAAAAAAAAAUCAAUAAACAUGAUGAGCAAACUGCCAAAAGGUUUCAGCUGCAGGGCACAGGAAAAAGAAAUGAUCCUCCCUUUAAACUGGUGAGGUUCGGUGACCCCUGUUCACCACCUGUGUGUGAGUGAUUCCCCCGUUUUGUUUGCACAGACCAGCUUUAUAUUAUCGAGCACAUGAUUUGCACAUUAUUCACAACAACAAGGAGCCGUCCAUUCUUUUUGCCGUAUGCAAAUGAUUGUAGAAGCCAAAAGAGGGAGACUUUUCUCUGAGUUCCUGUGAGGAGUCCGUCCAUGUUUCCUACAGUCACAGUGCCUCCACUCUCUGGUCCUGGUUUUCCUUUCAUUGUUCGGGAUGAUCUCUGGUGGUUGCUAGGAAACCGAAUGAAGUGUAAUAUAAUUGCUAGUGCUUGCAUGCGAGGCCCCGUUCCUUGGUUGAGUCGCAACAUUUUAGCAGACCAGACGUCGCUGCUGCGCUUGUAAAUUCAGCCGCACUGGGGCGAAGACGUAGACGCCGGGACUUUUCAGAUAUAAUGCAUGUGUAGUUGUAGAUUCUGGUCAGAUCAGAUGAAGAAAUCACCAUCAAGCUGCUGUAAAACAUUUAAAAAAAAACCCACACCAGCAUCGUAGUUCCAGCCACAUUCAUCCUUGGAUCCACUGGAGAAAACAAGAUCUACUCAAACAAGACAACGAUGAAAGUCUGAUCACUCCAGCUCCUGAAGCUGCUGCUGUCAUGUGCGCGUGUGAUUGAAAACGCCACCACGGCCUUCACUCUGCUCGACUCCGGUCCGCGCCGUGCCCAGCUUGACCACAAGAAGUGCUGCUGAGCGCUGGAUCAACCAACACCCUGGUGCUACUCCCAUCGUCUGUGUCUGCUGACCAGAGUGAGACAGCUCAGCGAGCGUGUGUCAUAUCGCUGCAGAUGUUGUGACUUUGUGCUUCUCAGCUCGCUCUGAAUGAAAUACGAUUAAAGCAAUGAUGCAAAGCAUCCUGCUCCGACCUUGUGCAUGGUUUCUCUGGCUCUCAAGAAGCUACGGAACAGACCAGCAAGAGUGUGUUUUGUUUAUGUUGGUUGUCAUUGACAGGAGAGGAUCAGAGUAUAUCAGAGGUCACUUAGAGAGGAAGGGGGGCAGAGACAGGGAGGCCAGAUGGUUUGGGCACGUGGAGAGAAGGGACAGUGUAGGACCAAGGAUGUUGCUUGAAGAAUAAAGAAGAGAGGUAAAGGUGGAUAAGAUGGACGGAUGGAUGGAAUCGACGGAUCGACAGACAGAUAGAUAGAUAGAUGAUAGAUAGAUAGACAGACAGAUAGAUAGAUAGACAGAUAGAUAGAUAGACAGACAGAUAGAUAGACAGACAGAUAGAUAGAUAGACAGAUAGAUAGAUAGACAGACAGAUAGAUAGACAGACAGAUAGAUAGAUAGACAGACAGAUAGAUAGAUAGACUAGUUAUAUAGUUAGCAUAUAGUUUACAACAAAAACAAACAAAACGAGAGGAAAUUUGGUUAAAGCAAUAUAAGAGUGAUAAUAAGUGGAAGGAAAAUCCAAUGUUGAAUAUCCACCCUGAUGCUCCCAUGUCAUGCUGCAAAACAAAUAUCUGCUUUUUUCAAAUGUUAUAGUGAUAAAUGAUUCACUUGGAACUCAUUCACAGUUUUUGUUUCACUUAAAAUACGUAGAUAAUUACCAUUUUUAUGCAAUGAUGGAGCGAGUGAUGACCAGCAGGAGACGGUGAGGAGUCAAGAUCAGUGAAGCAAGAGACAGAGACGACGUCCUGAAGAGGAAUAAUGGAGGUAAAUG